UGUAAUUCACGUAUCAUAUAGCCAAAUGCAUGACAAAAACUUGUCCAAGAGAUACGUGUAAAGUUUAGUUUUAAAAUAUAUGUUUUGUUUAGAUUACUUUAAUUGGCAGUGAUUUUAGGGUAAUAUAUAACUGCUCAAAUAAAAUAGUAAAAUAGUGUAAGAAUGCCCACUUUUAUAUGUUUGUUGUCAUAUGCAUUCAUAACAUCAACGAUUGUAUUUUUGUCAGGAGGGCAACCAAUAAACGGUACUGAGGAAGCCGGAAUAGAGCAACAAACUCUAGUGAAUACAACACUGGACAAUACAAUUAAUGAAGAAGUGAAUGCACCAGAGGCGGCUAAGGUAACUGAAGAGGUGGCGACCGAGGACGAAGCUACCGAGGUCGGUGUGAUAGAAACCGAGGCAACACAAGCUGAGGUUACAGAGGAUACGUCUGAGGCGUUACCGACACCGUUGUCCGUAUCACAAGCUGUCAAGGACUGGAGUAGUCGUCUGCUGGCGAGCAAGUACAUGGGCUCUCUAGUCGGUGCCUACGUGCUCUUGUGCUUAUACCUGGCCAUCAAACAGGGACCAAUCAUAGUUCAUUAAUACUAUCUACUGGUUACUUUAUAAACCACAUUGGCUUUCAUCCAAUGUUUGUAAAUGUUACCGGGCUGUAAGAUUUUCACGAAUUGAGUUUUACAGUCACACAUUUAAGAUCCGUGGUCUUCGGGCGACAUUCGUCUCAAGAACAUUCUUUUAUGUACUUCAUUCGCCAAAUCGGACGUAGAAUCUACCGCGGACCCGUUUUACAUUACCUCAGACUUUGCCCAGAGGGUUACAGCAUAAUAUCUUUCAUAAUAAUUUGGUAACUUGUGGGGUUUGAACCCAGGACCAUCGGGUCCGUAGUCCCUCGCUCAAGCACUAGACAUUUUCGCUUCCCAUCGUCAAGUACACAGAAGAUAAUUUAGGUCAGAAUAAACGUCUCAUCGAUUUUUUUCACGGUCCCCUCCCAUAGACCACGAAGACAGUUUAUAAAAGAAUGUUCGAUAAGAAUUUCCAUCCAUUCAUGUGAUUCUUACAAAAGAGUUCUAAACAAAAAAUAAUACCACCUGAUAUGGUUCCUAUAUUUUGCUUUAUAGAAACUGAGAUACAGUUCUGCCUUAGUUGAAGAGAAGGGGUGAAAUCAGAUUAUUUAUCUUCUAGAGCAAUAUACAUCUUAUUUUUUGUAUGUUCUUGUUAUUUCUAUUUAAAAAAAAAUUAUGUAGGAACUGAUUAUCAAAGGUAUUUACAUGUUGGAGCAAAGGAUUUACUUAUUAAAAUGACCUUGCUCUUCGCUUUUAAUUCUUUAACUGUAAAAGUUGAAUGGAUGUAUACAAAAUCUGUUAAACCUCUUUUGUUAAAUGUAAACACUGACAAAUAUGGAUACAAUAUCUCACAAAAAAACUUCUAAAUUAUUUGUUGGGAUCCUUGAAGUAGAAACGUUCAUAUAGUUAUAUGUUUAAUGAAUCGCCCCAAAGAUUUUACGAUCACAAUGCAGAAUUAAAAUGAACAACGAUAAAUACAUAAAUUAAAAUGUAAUUCAGACUUCAUAGUUGACCCUUUUUAAUUAUGGUUCUGCGAAAACAGAAAACGUGCACAUAUUUAUAGGUUUUCAAUGGCUUAUAUUGUAAUUACUGUAAAAAUAUCAUGCAAAAUUAUUCUUACAAGUUCAAGUUACAAUCUUAAAGCAAUUGAAUACCAGCUAAAUGUUUUGAACUAUUCACAGAAUGAUAGUUAUGCAGUAUUUUUUUGCUUCACAAAUCAUUAUUAUAUAGUGCAAGAGUUAUAUAAGUAAUACCCUUGGGUAAAACUUUCUUGGACUAGAUGUAUACAGGGUUAAGAGGGCAUAAGCUAUUUUGCAUAACUACUGCAUAUUUCUAUUAUGAUAUUCAUGUAAAUUAAAUUGCCACAGUUGUAUCUAAGAGGCUUUAUGCAAAUCACUUUUCCUCUUUGCAUAUUAAAAUCAUUUCCUUCAGCCGCAUAUUAAAAGUUGUCCUCAAGGCGUGUUUUAAGGCACAUCUUGUUAAAAUUUGUGUAAAUUCCUUUUUUAUAUAUUUUCAUGUUUUUUUUUAUAUAUUAGCAGAAAUGUUAUCAUUAAUUAAUCUACUUAAAUAUGUCGUGAAAGUGUAUCAAAGAUUUAAUAAAUUAAGAAUUAUUACA